GCUCUUUUCUCUUCAUCCAUUGUCAAUCUAAUUCUUGUUUCUCUCUCCUCAAAACCAUUCCCAAAAUCCAACCUUAUCGUCUCUCUCUAACAAUGUCACCCCAACCCACCCUUUAAUCUUGAAACCUUAAAAAAGCAAUCUUUUUUCACCUGUUCUUCACAACUCCAACUCCCUUUUGUGUGUUGUGUUUUGAAUUCUUGAUUCUUUGUUAAUUCUCAGAAGAGCCCUUUUUUCACCUAAUUUCAAUUUUGUUCGCAUGCUUAUUGUAGGAAAUGUUUACCAACAUCUAUAUGUGAAGAUAUAUAGGAAUGGUAAAGAGGAGGAGAGAAGAAGAACAAUUAGCUUCUCUUUUGAAUCUACUUUCCCCCUUCCUCUUCAAUACUCUUCUCUGAAAAGGCAAAGUUUAAUUUUUUCCGACAGUUUUUCUUCUGCAUUGGGCUUCAUAUCCCACAAUGGGAACUGCAAUGAAAGGGAUCUACAAAGGGUUCAAAUACACGCUUUCUCAAUUCUUUGUUGUGAAGGAGCGUGAAAUGGAGAUUGGAUUUCCGACAGAUGUUAAGCAUGUGGCACAUAUUGGGUGGGAUGGCCCCUCUGGGAGUGCCCCCACUUGGAUGAAUGAAUUCAAGACCGGCCCUGAUUUUGCGGCUACCUCUAUUGGUAAUUCUGGUUCUGCACUUUCUCCAUGGUCUUCUCAAGAUUUUGGGGAAUCGAUGAGGCAGCAAUCAGGUUCGGAGAUGUUUAACGAACUUCCUCCAAUGAAGAAGAAGCAAAAACGGAAGAAGAUGAAGUCAGCUUCCUCGCCAAAGUCAAAUUCCGGGUCCUCAUCAAAGUCUUCGAGAGCAUUAAAGUCAAAGGCCAAAUUCGUCGAAGGCAAUGCUAAACCAUCAAACAUUGAAGUUGCAUAAACAAAAGAAUCGAAUAUGGGAUCAAACAAAGAGUUUAGAACAUGUGGUGGAAAACUUCCGUAUAUUAGUUUAGUUUGGGGGGUUAAUUGCAUUUAAGUGAAAUUCUCGAGGGGCUGCAUGCAAAAUCUAAGGCGAAAAAAAAAGGUACAAUUAAUCUAGCUAAUACGCAAGACAAACAGUUAUGUGGACGAAAUGAAUUUUCUGUCUCUUCUUUAUCGUGUUUUUUUCGGUUUCUCCGUAAUCGGAAUUACGACGAGGAGAGGGCUUUGUAAAGAGUUGAAAAAGUUCGUUGUGCUGAUGCAGAACUACUUAUUGGGUUUGGACAUAAUAUAAUAGGAGAGACUUUGUAUCAACUGUUUGUUUCAGCAUCAUUUUAU